GAGGUGUCCUAGCUCAUGUGGUCUAUUGGCUCUGGCGCGCCCGGGUCCCGCAGGCGGGGCAGCCGGAAGCCCCUCCCGUGGACCGCUGCACGGUGGCUGGCUGGCCGUGGCUGUCACUCCGGGUCGGUUUCCCGGGCCAGUGCUCAGCUGAGGGCGGGAGGAAGAGGGGCCGAUCUGGGGCCCGCAGAGCCCUCGCUGUCUUCGCGGCUGCUAUGCCCAGCUGGCGCUGCGCCUUCCGGAGCUCCGCGCAGCGCUAGUGGCGGCCGAGCACCCACCGAAGCCGUCCGGGUCCCGCUGCAGCCGCUCCCGCCGUCCCAGGCUGUCCGGUCGCCGCCUGUGAGGCCAGGCGGAGGCAGGAUGAAGAUGACGGUGGAUUUCGAGGAGUGUCUCAAGGACUCGCCUCGCUUCAGGGCUGCUUUGGAAGAAGUAGAAGGAGAUGUGGCAGAGUUGGAACUAAAACUUGAUAAGCUUGUGAAGCUUUGUAUUGCGAUGAUCGACACUGGCAAAGCCUUUUGUGUUGCAAAUAAACAGUUCAUGAAUGGAAUUCGAGACCUUGCACAGUAUUCUAGUAAUGAUGCUGUAGUUGAGACAAGUUUGACCAAGUUUUCUGACAGUCUUCAAGAAAUGAUAAAUUUUCAUACAAUCCUGUUUGACCAAACUCAGAGAUCAAUUAAGGCACAGCUUCAGAACUUUGUUAAAGAAGAUCUUAGAAAAUUCAAAGAUGCCAAGAAACAAUUUGAAAAAGUCAGUGAAGAAAAGGAAAAUGCCCUAGUGAAGAAUGCCCAAGUACAAAGGAAUAAGCAGCAUGAGGUGGAAGAGGCCACAAACAUUCUAACAGCAACACGAAAGUGCUUUCGACACAUAGCCCUUGACUAUGUUCUCCAGAUUAAUGUUCUUCAAUCAAAAAGGAGAUCAGAAAUCCUGAAAUCAAUGCUGUCCUUUAUGUACGCUCACUUGGCCUUCUUUCACCAAGGAUAUGAUUUGUUUAGUGAACUUGGGCCCUACAUGAAAGAUCUUGGCGCACAGUUGGAUCGACUGGUUGUGGAUGCGGCAAAGGAGAAAAGAGAAAUGGAACAAAAACAUUCUACUAUUCAACAAAAGGAUUUCUCCAGUGACGAUUCUAAGUUAGAGUAUAAUGUUGAUGCUGCAAAUGGCAUUGUCAUGGAGGGCUACCUGUUCAAACGAGCCAGCAAUGCCUUCAAAACCUGGAACAGGCGCUGGUUUUCUAUACAGAACAAUCAACUGGUUUACCAGAAAAAGUUUAAGGAUAACCCCACGGUAGUAGUGGAAGACCUCAGGCUCUGCACUGUGAAGCAUUGUGAAGACAUAGAAAGACGAUUCUGUUUUGAGGUGGUCUCCCCAACAAAAAGUUGUAUGCUCCAGGCCGAUUCUGAAAAGCUGCGCCAGGCCUGGAUUAAGGCUGUUCAGACCAGUAUUGCAACUGCUUAUAGAGAGAAGAGUGAUGAGUCAGAGAAGCUGGAUAAGAAAUCAUCUCCAUCAACAGGAAGCCUAGAUUCUGGAAGUGAAUCAAAAGAGAAAUUAUUGAAAGGAGAAAGUGCACUGCAGCGUGUCCAGUGUAUCCCUGGCAAUGCCAGCUGUUGUGACUGUGGUCUGGCAGACCCACGGUGGGCCAGCAUCAACUUGGGCAUUACCUUGUGUAUCGAGUGCUCUGGGAUUCACCGGAGUCUUGGGGUUCAUUUUUCAAAAGUACGAUCUUUGACUUUAGAUACUUGGGAGCCUGAGCUUUUAAAGCUUAUGUGUGAAUUGGGAAAUGAUGUUAUAAAUCGUGUGUAUGAAGCUAAACUGGAAAAAAUGGGAGUUAAGAAACCGCAGCCAGGACAGAGACAGGAGAAAGAGGCAUAUAUCAGAGCAAAAUAUGUGGAGAGGAAAUUUGUGGACAAAAGCUCUAUAUCAUCGUUACCUCCUGAGCAGGAAACAAAGGUCACCUCGAAAGGCUGUGAAGAGAAGCGGCUGAGUGUCUCUAAACUUGGGCCGGCUGACCAAGUCAGAGCGGCUGUUCAGAGUUCAGUCAAAAGUAAUGACAGUGGGAUCCAGCAAAGCUCUGAUGAUGGAAGAGAAUCUUUACCUUCCAUGGUGUCAGCCAAUAGCUUAUAUGAGGCUGAAGGAGAAAGACAAGAUCCUUCUGUGCUUCUUGACUCUAAACAUCUUAAUCCAGGACUUCAGCUUUAUAGGGCUUCAUACGAAAAAAACCUUCCCAAAAUGGCCGAGGCUUUGGCUCAUGGUGCAGAUGUGAACUGGCCUAAUUUGGAGGAAAACAAAGCAACACCACUCAUUCAGGCUGUAUUAGGGGGCUCCUUGGUGACAUGUGAGUUCCUCUUACAGAAUGGUGCUAAUGUGAACCAAAGAGAUGUCCAAGGGCGGGGACCACUGCACCAUGCCACCGUCUUAGGACACACAGGGCAGGUAUGUUUAUUCCUAAAACGAGGUGCCAAUCAGCAUGCCACAGAUGAAGAAGGGAAGGACCCUUUGAGCAUAGCUGUGGAAGCAGCCAAUGCUGAUAUAGUAACCCUGUUACGUUUAGCAAGAAUGAAUGAAGAAAUGCGAGAAUCAGAAGGACUUUAUGGACAGCCAGGUGAUGAAACUUACCAGGACAUUUUUCGUGACUUUUCUCAAAUGGCAUCCAAUAAUCCAGAGAAACUCAAUCGUUUCCAGCAAGAUUCACAGAAAUUCUGAAACUUUUAAAAAAGGGUUGGCUAUUGAACAUCUGGUGAAUUCCUAAUGUAUUCAGCCAAAAAUUCACAACUUCUUACUGCUUUAAUUCUACUUACUUAAUUUUGGUAGAUAUUGAAUUAUUUGCAAAAAAAAAAAAAAAGGUACCCAUUCACUUGAUACUUUUCUAAAUGAAAACAUAGCUCUCUCUUAGUUAAGAGGCGAGGACUCUACUUUAGUACCUCAUUUAUUUUAGAAGGGCGAAGAAAAAAGUUUUACUGGGCUAUGCUUUUAUAGCUAAAGUUGACUCUAGAUCUAAGCCAUUUUUAAGUUCCAACCUGCUAAGUAGUCAGACACCACCCGUCCCCUUGCCAUCAUUCAGUUCCUAUGUCUGCAUCAAGUGGCAAGCAGGCAUUUUACCUGCUUCAAGAAUAUGUCUGUUCUUUAACUUCCCUGAUCAUUUUUUGUGGUUCAGAAAUAGGUAUGCAUGUUUUCUGGUAACCUAACUGUGGUACACACAAUGUAUAGUUUCAUUACUAAGAACUUGAGAGGAUGCUUUCCCGUAUUUGCUCAGAAAUGCCCCUGUACUACGUGCUAGGUGAUACUAGGUGAUUAGCUAGUACUUUAACACAGUGGCUAUACACAUAGACCACAAUUUAGUCUUUAGAUUGAUUUCAUCUUAUGAUGCAAACAAGCUCUUAAUAGUUUUUCAAUCACCAGAUGAAUCCCAGUUCAGUUUCAUUGGGUUGAUUUCCUAAAACCUUGGCAGAUCUGUCAGAGUAAUAAAACUAUAUUUCAAAGAUUACUUGACUGUGACAAAAUUAGGCUCUCAUCAAAACAUGGUGGCUUAUAAAAUAAUAUAGGGCAUUUUUAUAUUUGAAAUUUAUUCUUUUUAAGAUGCAUUUUUUGCUAUUA